AUGUCAUUAGUAAAUUACCGGAUCGUCCCGGGCAGCACCACGUUCCGCCACAGCAAGCUCCGCUACUCCAGCCGCGUGAAGGCCUCCCCUGUGAGGGCGAGACAAUCGGUGAAAGCGGCGUCAUUGAGCCGCAUCGAGAGUACAAGUGGGGGCGGGGGAGACAUCAGCGUCGGGGGCGCCCGCCCCGGCAGCUGUUACGGGUACGAGGCGCUUUCGGCGGCCAGCGAUGGGAGCGAAGCAGAGGCGGAGUACGCGCCCUUCGACCUGUCUGGGGAACCCUCGUCGAGGGGGUCGUGCAAGGUGAACUUCCCCCCGGAACUGGAUCUCGAGCGGCGGACUGCCCCCCCCUGCUUGAGAUCCAGGUCGAGGGCGCGCUCCAUGAGCGCCUGGAGUGAUGUCAGCCGUUCCAGCAUUCGAUUCGAGGAGCGACUGGACAGUUGUUACGAGACAAAGACAAUUGUGCUUAUCACCAAGUUGGUCCAAGCUGGACUCUGUCAGGCCAAAAAAAUAAGCGAGGUUGACCCUCGAGGUGGUGGCAGGAUAGCUAUGAAGAAACUGCAGGCGUGCUGUGAGAGCCGAGCAGAGAGAGCAUUAGAAGGAGGACCGCAAAAUGUAAUAUAA